CACAACCUUUCAACAUGGUGGGCGUGUUGUUUUGCCUGCCUGUUUAGAGUCAUGAGAAUAACCAAACUGCUAUAAUGGCAUGUAUUGAAAGGAUCAAAAUAGAAGGCGAAGAUGUGAUACCUGCUCAAGUUGAGGGACUUGUCGACGUCUUUGCAGCCAAUAAUUUUGUAUUUUCAAAAGCUCGUUGGGUAGAAGACAAUGAGGUGAGCGCUUGCAAAAUAUGCUCCAACAAGUUCAAUCAGCUCCGUAGAAAGCACCACUGUAGACAGUGCGGGCGUGUCUUGUGUAGCAAGUGCUGUAGCCAAAAGGUUCCCCUCCCCCAGCUUGGCCUCCCUGACCCAGAACGUGUCUGUGAAGUAUGUAAACCUGUGACAGAGUGUAUUACCAAAUCAAGGUCAUCACAUCAGUCAUUCCAGUUAGAAGCUGUGCAGGGAUUGACAGAGUUGGUUAUGGAUUCAGCAGGAAUGAAAAAAGUAAUUGAGUUGGGAGGCCUUCAGACAUUGGUCUUCCUAUCAAAACAGGAGAAUGAGCAAAUACGG